AUGACGAGCCUCCAGCUUCGCGCRCAUCUCGAGGACCUCCCGCAAGAACUCUACAAUGAAAUCUACGACCUCACCUUCACUUCGCCGGUCAAUACCAUCAUCUGUGUCGAGGAACUCCAAGGAGGCGCAGCAAGUCAAGCUCCAUGCCCAUGGAAUCUCAUGCAAGUCUCCAGCGGUACUAGAACUAUGGUCGCCGCUUCAUACUAUUCGGAAAACGUCUUCAUCGUGCGCAAUGUCGACCUGCUUUUCACGUGGCUCGAUGGUAUGCCUUCGGUCAUGAGACAUCUACUCAAGGAUGUUCGAUGUCGGAAACAAAUCAACGACUCCAUACUGGGACCAGGGGGACCAUGGACACUUCUUUUCUCCCAUCGAUAUAUCAGGGACUGGGUGGAGCGAAAGUGGCCCGAUAUGAUGGACAACAGUCUCACUCUUGGCUAUGUCGAGCCAAUCAAGGACAAGACUCUCCCCUCAACGGAGCAAGCCAGAGUCGAGAAGUGA